CAUCACUAAAAUAGUGCAAAGUGAGUUCUUAAAAGUGAUAAAAUUAUACUGAUAAAAAUCAGUUUUAAGUAUAUUUUAGCUAUAUAGCUAUAAAAAAGUGAAAACUAUAUUUUGUAAUGUAACGCAUAGUAAACGUACAGAGCGUUUAUUUGCUGCAAAUACACAUAAUUAAACGCAAUAGGUUGGGAACUGCACGCACAUCAUUGUACACAAAACCAAAAGAAGCAACAAGAGUUCAAAAACAAAAAAAAAAAAAGAAAAAUACAAAAAACACUCACACGCACACAACAAAAAGAGCACAAAUAUUUUGGAAACUUACAUUAAAAAAAAAAUAGCGACGCACAUAUCUUAAAGACGAUUCUUGAUUUUUGAGCUAAUUAGACUGGCUCAAAACGGAGGAAAUAGGGAGGCGGAGUCUCCCGACGGGGCGCAAGAGAACAGAGCAGCGUGUUGGUGGACACCUUGGACGGCUAUGGGUUGCUUCGGGUCACCCAGCUCCAAACAAACGGAUGUAAAUUCAGAAGACUCCAAAAGUCAAAAGCGUCGCAGCGAUGCAAUAUCAAAGCAGCUACAAAAGGAUAAGCAACUAUACCGAGCUACCCAUCGACUACUCUUGCUAGGGGCUGGUGAGUCAGGAAAAUCGACUAUUGUGAAGCAAAUGCGAAUUUUGCAUGUUGAUGGAUUUUCCGAGCUAGAAAAGAAGCAAAAAGUCGAUGAUAUUAAGAAAAAUAUACGCGAUGCUAUCCUGACAAUUACUGGUGCCAUGAGCACACUAAAUCCACCUGUAUCUUUGGAAAAGAAGGAGAAUGAGGCAAGGGUUGAAUACAUUCAGGAUUACGCUUCCAGUCCCGAUUUUAACUAUCCUCCGGAAUUUUAUGAGCAUACAGAGGAACUAUGGAAAGAUCGAGGAGUAUUGCAAACAUUUGAAAGAUCAAAUGAAUAUCAACUGAUUGACUGCGCAAAAUAUUUUUUGGAUCGAGUAAGCAUAAUAAAGAAACCAGAUUACACACCAAGCGAGCAAGAUAUUUUAAGAUGCCGUGUCUUGACUUCUGGCAUUUUCGAAACACGAUUUCAAGUGGAUAAAGUUAAUUUUCACAUGUUCGAUGUAGGAGGCCAACGUGAUGAGCGGCGUAAAUGGAUUCAAUGCUUCAAUGACGUUACAGCUAUAAUCUUUGUAACUGCAUGUUCAAGCUACAACAUGGUAUUGCGUGAAGAUCCAACGCAAAAUCGUCUCCGUGAAUCAUUGGACUUGUUCAAAAGCAUUUGGAACAACAGAUGGUUACGCACAAUUUCUGUAAUUUUAUUUUUAAAUAAGCAAGAUUUGUUAGCUGAAAAAAUUAAAGCUGGAAAGAGUAAACUUUCGGAUUACUUUUCCGAAUUUAACAAGUAUCAAACACCAAGUGAUGCUAUAACGGAAUCUGGUGAUGACCCAGAAGUGAUCAGAGCAAAAUAUUUCAUUCGAGAUGAAUUUUUGCGUAUUUCAACUGCUAGUGGCGAUGGCAAACACUACUGUUAUCCGCACUUUACAUGUGCAGUUGAUACGGAAAAUAUCAAAAGAGUGUUUAAUGAUUGUCGAGAUAUAAUUCAAAGAAUGCAUCUUCGCCAAUAUGAGUUGUUAUAGGUUUAUUUUUAGUGUCAGUGGAAAUAAAAAUAUGCAAAUAAAAAACAAAAUUCUUUAAGAACAAUUAAAUAAAAAUACCAUGUUUGAUCAAAGACA